AACCUUUCGAUGAAGUCUCCAUUUGUUGAGAUCAUUUCAGAUUUUUUCAUAAAACCUGAGACAAUAACAAAAGAAACCAACAAACCAACAUAUUUGUCACCAUGGGAUUAUGCCAUGAUGUCUACAAACUACAUUCAAAAAGGCCUCCUUUACACCUUACCAAAAAACCAAGAUGAUUUCAACAUGACCACCUACUUAGAUGACCUUAAACACUCUCUUUCAACAACUCUUGCCCAUUUCCACCCACUCGCGGCCCGUUUAGCCACCCAUAAAAUUGAAAGCCCGCCUUCAUUUGUUGUUUUCAUCAACCCGGAAAAUAACCCGGGAGCUAGAUUUAUUCAUGGGAAGGUGAAUUUGACUACAGAUGAUAUUCUUGCACCAAAUGAUGUCCCAUUGAUUGUCAAGUCCUUUUUUGAUCAUAACAACGCUAUCAGUCAUGAUGGUCAUGAAAUGUCGUUGUUAUCGGUUCAAGUGACCGAGCUAGUCGAUGGGAUAUUCAUCGGGUGCUCGAUUAAUCAUAUGGUGGCUGAUGGUUCUUCAUUUUGGCAUUUCUUCAACACUUGGUCGGAAGUUUUUAAAUCCAAAAGGAAAAAUGGAAAAUUUUCUAGCUUCGCUCCUAUCUCGCGUCCUCCACAUAUAAAAAGAUGGGUUCCACCAAGAUCCGGCCCGAUACUCUCCCUACCAUUUACUCAUGAAGAUGAGUACAUCGAGAGGCCAAAUCCUGCGUUGUUAAGAGAACGAAUAUUCCAUUUAUCAUCUGAUUCUCUUUCUAAACUUAAAUCGAAAGUGAAUCUAGAGUGCAAUACUACGAAAAUCUCCACAUUGCAGUCGCUUUUUGCUGUGGUGUGGAGAUGCAUCACUCGAGCAUGGGGGUUUCCAGCUGACCAAAAAACUUGUUGCAGAUUGCCCAUAAACAAUAGAGGCAGACUAUCUCCACCCCUGCCUCAAACGUACUUCGGUAAUUCAAUUCAAGGUUUGAGAUACACAACAACUGCUGGAGAGUUAUUGGAUCACAAUGUCGGGUGGGCAGCAAAGAUGUUGCAUGAAGGGGUGGUUAACCAUGGCGAUAAAUCCAUCAGAGAAUUCGUGAAUUCGUGGGUCAAGCGUCCAUUUGUGUAUAAGAUGAAUCAGCUAUUUGAUCCUAGAAGCAUACAUAUAGGAAGUUCACCAAGGUUUGAUAUGUAUGGAAAUGAAUUCGGGUUGGGGAAAGGAUUGGCGGUUUUGAGUGGAUAUGCUAAUAAGUUUGACGGGAAGGUGACGUUGUAUGAAGGACGAGACGGCGGAGGAAGCAUGGAUUUGGAAGUCUGUUUGUUGCCUGAAAAUAUGGAGGCUUUUGAAUCUGAUCAAGAAUUCAUGAGUAUUGUUAAUGGUGAAAUUGACAUAUGAAGAAAAAAGAUAAUCAUAUGUAAGAAUGUAAUAAAAAGUUUGGUUUUCAUUGUUUAAUCAAAUUUGUGGUUACUUAUCAAAUGCUAUAUAGUUGUCUUUUAACUAGAUCACUUUAUAAAUUAUCGUCACAACGGCACAACUUGUCCA